AUGAUCAUAGACCUCGAGGAGCUUGAGAAGCUUGGCGUGAAAAUGGACAAGGAAUUGCAAGUUGAUCUGAUCCUGCAAUCCCUUCCUAGGGGACUUUUGAAAAGUUCAAAGGGAACGGUUCAUGUUGUGGAGCGAGCUUCCUCUUCCAAAAGAAAGUCUAAUUGGAAGAAGAAACCCGCGAAGAAACAAAAGACGGAGAACAAGCCCAAGAAGGAAGCUUCUAAGAAUAAGGCCGCUGACAAAGGAAAAUGUUUCCACUGCAACGUUGACGGUCAUUGGAAGAGAAAUUGUCCUGUCUACCUGGAGAGCUUGAAGAAUAAAAGGAAGGACACAUCUUCGGAAGGUAUGUCAGACUUGCUCGGUCUAAGGGAAAGUAGAGGGCUUAGGGAAGGUGAAGUGACCCUACGAGUGGGCAACGGGGCAAGAGUUGCUGCUGUGGCUGCUGGCACCUAUUCUUUGCGACUACCGUCAGGAUAUGUUUUAUUACUUAAAGACUGUUAUUAUGUACCUCCUGCUAGCAGAAAUUUGAUUUCUGCACAGGAUGAGGAAGUAAAUGAAAUGUUCCUCAUGGGAGAUAGGGAACAUGGAGAUGAUCCCAAAACCUACAACGAGGCGAUGUCUGACAUCGAUUCCGAGAAAUGGCUGGAUGCCAUGAAGUCAGAAAUUGACUCAAUGCAUUCCAACCAGGAGACCUUUUCACCUGUGGCCAUGCUCAAAUUCAUUCGAACACUGCUUGCCCUUGCAGAAUACUAUGAUUAUGAGAUCUGGCAAAUGGAUGUGAAAACUGCCUUCCUAAAUAGAUAUGUUGAAGAAGAUAUCUAUAUGGAGCAGCCUUUGGGUUUCACUUUCGGUGACGAAAGUCACAAAAAUGAGGAGGAACCAUGUGUUUAUAAGAAGGUCAGUGGGAGAGCUGUCACAUUCCUCGUAUUGUACGUGGAUGACGUUCUCCUAAUUGGGAAUGACAUUCCAAUGUUGACUUCAGUUAAAAUAUGGUUGUCUAAAGAAUUCUUCAUGAAAGAUCUAGGGGAAGCAUCCUAUAUUUUGGGGAUAAAGAAAAUGUGCCCCAAUACAUUUGAAGAGAUUCAACGUAUGAGUAAGAUCCCUUAUGCAUCAGCUAUAGGGAGUCUUAUGUACGCCAUGCUAUGUACACGACCUGAUAUCGCGCUUGCUGUGAGUGUCACAAGUAGAUAUCAAUCUAAUCCAGGUGAGGAGCACUGGAUUGCUGUGAAGAAUAUACUCAAAUACUUGAGAAGGACUAAGGAUAUGUUCUUGGUCUUUGGAGGAGGAGAGUUGAAAUUACAAUGA